AUGAACCUCAUCAUACUCCUCGCGUGUAUAAUCAGCGCGACUGCUACCAACUCAACCGAAAAUGUAACAACAACAGAGUCGUCAACUAAUUCUACUCAAGAAAUACUCAAGGCCAGUGAAACUGGUGAUCCGAGUAAGGUCGAAAUAGUCAAACAGAUAAGAAGAUUGAACGAAGAUGGAUCAUACACAAUUGGCUACGAAGCAAAUGAUGGCACGUUUAAAAUUGAAAGUCGAGACGUUUUGGGCAAUGUGAAAGGAACAUUUGGAUAUAUUGCCGAUGAUGGUGAAAUUAAGCGAGUAACAUACUCUUCUUCUGGAGAAAGCACUCCGGUACCAGUUUCAACAAGUACUACACCGAGUACACCGUCUAUGAUGGUGAGAGUAAACAAAACUGUGUCGUCGACUACUCGAAGACCUCUUGCGACUGUCGUGUAUCCAACAAGAAGUAGUGCCACUACAAGAGGAACAGUUAUUCAAGCUAUACCUAGAAGAAGACUGGUGUCCAGUUCCACGAGAGCAUCUACAACGGAAACCACAACUGAAAAACAAAAACUUGAAGAAACUACUGCUAAUGUUUUAAAUCAAUAUCGAAACGACGAUAUAAUUAAAACUAGGGCACAGUUAUCAAAGCCAACGCCGAUGACAGUGAAAGACGACUUAGUUACCAAACAAACCACAACGACUUCACCGCAAACAUUGAAACCAGUGUAUGAACAGCAAUCUAUGGGAGAUGAUUCAACAGAUGUGUAUGGAAGCCAUUUAUCCCAUGGUACCCUAAGACCACUAUUUACUACCACCACUGCGCGAGCUAGACUUAUUCCUAUUCAAUCUUUGGCAGCAGCGAGGCAAAGUUUUCAACAACAGUACCAUGAUACACAGCUGGAUGACCAGGAGACUACCUUGGAAGCUAGCACUGGUCGAGUUUUUGACCAUCAAAAUGUAGCAACACCAACUCCGGCCCCAGUGAUUCAUAUACCUGUGCAACGACCGCCCGAGGAAAGAGUUUAUCAACAACCAGUUUAUCGUCAACCAUCAGCAGUACAUUUUAGAACGCAAGAAUAUUUAAAAGAUAAUCCUGGAGCCCCUAUUCCAAUCGGAAAUCAGCGGCCCUUUCUCCAAUACGAGUACCAGGAUAAAGUAUUGGAUGACCAGUAUGUGAAGGAACCUCGACAACCGAAAGCUACUGUUCAAGCACAGGCAUCUGUUCCGUAUGAAAUACGGCCAGCGACGAGGUAUGUGUCGAUACCAGUGGAUGAACGUCGAGUACCAAUACAAGGAUAUGAGCCAAGGUUUGUAAACCCAUAUACAACACAACCUUUAUUUCAGAGAUACGAACCUAUUAAUGACAUGCACUCAAUAUCAGCACCAGUGAGUACACGAGACUUCAAGCGUUUGCUUCAUAUUCUGAUUUUAAGACAGAAUCGUUUGCAAGCAAUAAUGGAACAAAUCAUGCCGGAGCCCUCUUAUCAGCAGUUGGCGUAUAGACAAGAAGAUUACCAGCAACCUCGUCAUUAUGACGAGGAACGUUACGAUUACAGGUAUGAACCACAAUAUAGGCAAGAAGUAUAUUCAAACCAAGCACCAUAUGAUGAUCGUUAUGACAGUCAACGAUACAUCCCUCGACGACGAUAUACUAGACCCUAUGAUUCCCAAACGUCCGCUUCAAAUCACAUCGAUGAGUCACCAGAGUACUUGCCAGUGGAAGUUAGAGAGGCUUUAUUAUUAAAAAUGCUCCUUUUAGCGAUUAGUCCGGAUUUUAUGCCCACCACUCCGCCUGCCACCGAGCUGACUACAGCCGCCCCACGAAAACAGGUGAGAAAUGUUCAAAUACUCGGAGAAGAAGGGUCAAAUACAAAAAACCAGCAC